GUCAGGCCGCCGUCAGGCCGCCGCGCAGUCCCCCGCAGCGGAGCCAGUGUUGCCAGAUUGGGCUGGUUCCCGCCCAAUUGGGCUACUUUUGAUUUCAUCUCGCGGGGAAAAAAUGCAUUGGGCGGGUAUAUACAUUUUGGGCUGCUUUUGCCAAUAUCUGGCGGUUUUUUAAUAAUGUGAAAACAGCACACCAAACUGUUAUUUUAUGGUUUAAAACAGUACAAAUACAAAACUCAGUAGGCCUAUACUUCAAUAUACUUCACGUCGUGAUGUCACAUCAAUAAACCGUUGUGCGCAGACGCAGAAGUCUGAGGCAAAAGCCCGCUCUCUCUCAACUCUGUUAGCAAAAUAAGCAUCAUGCCGAAGUGGGGGAAAUAUAAAAAACUUUAUAGAAAGGAAUGGGAGACCGACCCUGAAUUAAAAUCGUGGAUCGCGCCUGCCCCAGCAGAUGACAGCAAAGCUCGUUGCAGGUAUUGUAACGUUGAAUUAAGAGCCCACCUCAACGACUUGAGAGAACAUGGUGCCACGAAAAAACACAAGGCCCGCUGUCAGCCCAGUGUCAAAUCCUUUGCUGUCCCAACGGGAUCUGGUGCAGGAGCAACAAUCAAAGAUGACCAAAAACGACGUGAACUUAGGGUUGCAACCUACGUCGCCUGUCACACCUCCAUAAACGCCAUGGAUGAUUUGUCUGAUAUACUGCAAGAUGAGAUGGGCGCAUUCAAGAUGCACAGGACGAAGUGUACCGCCGUUAUAACAUCUGUUCUGGCACCGCACUUCAGAGAGGAGUUAAGAGAGGAUAUUGGUGGGUCUCCAUAUUCUCUUUACCUGGAUGAGAGCACUGAUGUAUCAGUGAACAAGCUCCUCUGCAUUUGUGUGAAGUAACGCUCACAGAAACACGGCAAGUUUGUGAGUACCUACCUGGGGCUUGUCAACCUUCUCAGCGCAGAUGCUUGUGGAAUAUCAGAUGCGACUGCUGUUAAUUCUUGGGCCUGGCACUGGGAUACAGUAAGUGCAUUUUUCCACAUUUUCUGUGACAUGCACGGUCUGUGAUAAUAAAAUAGAACUUGCCAUUUGGGCUUAAUUGUUUAAUACCGUAGCGUUACCGCGUAAUCAGAAGGACGAGUCGAUAUGGUAAAAUCCCCAGGGAUGUUUAUUAUUACUCCUCAACCGGACGGAGCCUAAAACAUUGCAGCCAUUAGAAGUAACUCUUGGCGUAUAUAACACUAGAACCACAACAUGCGUUUAAUGUUUAUUCAAAAAUUAUUGUUUUUCCUGUGAAAAACGUCAUUGGACGGUUUUUUGCUGAAGUGGGCGGGUUUUGGAACGUGAUUGGGCGGAUUUAGCUCAACCAAAUCUGGCAACACUGAGCGGAGCGGCGCAGUCAGCGAUAAGGCCGCCCGUCGGGUCCACGACCGGGCAGGUGUCUCAUCGGUCCUCGGCAGCAGAACUCUCCAGUCGCUCCGACAGCAGACAGCAGUGGCAAGAUUAGCUAAGUGGAUAUUGUCAUUCUUUGCAGCUUGACUGUAAGUCAUGCCUAACUGUAGCUUCGUAGCGUAGCUCCCAUUGUAGAUAGCUUCGCCCGUGAGUGUGUUUGAUGAGGUGUCGCUGAGAUCCGGGCCGGGGCACUGGUGAAUGAAAAGUUGGCUGUUUGAGAUUAGCAUCUUCCAUUGUUUAGCCCUGAAACAGUGGGGCAUUGAGGCCAUUUAUCUCAGACCUGUCAUGGUUAAAAACUUGGCCAGUUGCAAAAAGUUGCAUAGUAAAACCGUGUGUUACUAGUGCUGAUAGAACGCCGAAAACGCCGGCUGUCGCCAUCGACGUGGCCAAUGGAAUCAGUCGAAUCAAGCCUUAAUCGAUUCAGAUUCCAAAUGAUAAAUACCAAUUGGUAUAGCUAGGCUUGUAAAUAAAAUACUUUAAACUCAAUCAAUCAAAAUGUUUCGUCAAAUCCUUGGCAGGGACAAGGGAUGUCCUCAACCUGUGCCCACGUGGCUUCUUGGAGUACUACCUCACCUGCCCUGCUCUUAACGGCUGUGUCGGCAGUGACGGCCCACCUUAAUAGGUUCUGAACUCAGCAGUGGGUUGAAACACCGCUGUCUGUCGUUGAUACUUGGACAUGCAUUUCUGUCUGCUGAUAGAAACGUUUCCACAAUUGUCACUAACAUUGGGAUUUGUUUUCUCGUACAUUGCAUGCUGCUUUCAUUUGUGUUUACACGCUAAUUACAUUGUUGGAUAAGAAUGUGGUUUUGUUUUAUGUAAAUAAUUUGUGCGUUCAUUGCAAGCCGUACAUUCAACUGUAUACCAGUGGAAUCUGGUAAACCAGGUUUCGUGUUUCCUGAUAGCCUGGCUUAAUGUAGGUCUGGUUUCAUACUGCAUAUUUUGUUAGGUUUGCGUGUUGUUGUUUUCUUUAUAGAGACCAGCUAGCGCAAUUCUUUCGAAAGAAAAUCCUUCUAAAGUUGAUGAAUUGGUAAGCCAAGUAGGUUAGGUUUGGUAUGUGCCGUCCGUGUCUGGCUUUCAAAGGUCCGGGCCGGUCUUGGUCACAUCCUUUUGGGACAUUUGGUCGGCUGUUUGACACUUCCUGGCUCUGGCUUUAAUGGGCAUAUCUCUACCUCUUUGACGCAAGGCAUAUUUCAGAAGGAAUGUGUUUCUCGGAAUCACCUGGAACGAGUUCAAUCACCCCGCCCUGCGGCUGAUUGGUCGAGCAGCUGAUUGGUCGAGCAGCUGAUUGGUCGAGCAGCUGAUUGGUCGAGCAGCUGAGAGAAGAGGCUGACUUGUCCAGCAAACGAGAGAAAACUUUAAUCUGAAACAAAGGAACGCGACGUUGAGGCUGUUCUCUGCUUCUGGAGGGCAAGAAAUAACAUUUUGGGACAAUAAGUCUGACGGACAAAAACCAGAACAAGGUGAGUGAAAGAACACAAUGAUAUGAGAAGGUAAAGGACGGACAAUACUGGUCUGGUGAUGAAACCAUUGUAUCCUCUCCUGGCUUCACUAAAACACUUGUUACCAAUAACAUUUGUAAAGAUAACAUUAGUAGCAGAUUGGUUGCAGCAGUUAAAACCGGUGUAAGCCUCGUUCAUAGUUAUGCGGACAGACUUGUUAUGUUUUUUGUUUAUUGGUAACACUUUUUAUAAACCAGACCAGAGAGGAAGUUGAGUCGUAAUCACCCGAGAAGAGUAGAAAAUACCCUGUUUUUUAUUUCUGGAAAAAGUAUUGAUGUGGCAAAACAUUUUUAAUCAGCCUAAUUGGGCUACAAAUGAUUGUUGUUGUUGUUUUUUGUUGUUUUUUUAGUUUAUUUUCUUAAUAAUUCCGUCUUAUUUUUGUUUUUUGGGGUUUUCUGUAUAUCUUGUCUUAUUGUUACUAUGUUUGCUACUUAGUUGAACAUCCAGGAAUGGUUUAUUUAUUAUUUUUGUUAUUUUGACUGUCUUGUCUGAUUAUGUGACAGGGGGGGAUGUAAGUAUUGUAUCUGUCUACUUGUUGUCCGUAUGUGUAAAAUUAUGUGAAACCACUAAAAAAAGUAAAAUAAAGAGAAUGGUUUCAACAAAAUUUGCUUAAAAACCUCUUCGAUCCCUUCAUUCAAUUAAAAUAAUGUGAAUCCUUAAUGCAUCAACCUUGUGUUCUCUGUCUAGGAAUGGCCUCAGUCUUCCCUUCCUGUUCUGAAGAGAACCUUUCCUGUCCCAUCUGUCUGGAGGUGUUAAAUUGCCCCGUUUCUACACCAUGUGGACACAACUUCUGUAGAACCUGUAUUGAAACAAGCUGGAGUGGCCAAUACUCCUAUAAAUGUCCUCUUUGCAAUAAGGUUUUCGAAAUAAGACCUGAUUUACAGGUCAAUUUCCUCAUCACAGAUCUGGCCGAUCACUUUAGAUCACGCUUACAAGUGAAUGAGCAACACUGUGCUAAACCAGGAGAUGUUCCCUGUGACGUCUGUAAUGGGACCAAGCUGAAAGCUGUGAAGUCCUGCCUAGCGUGUCUCAUCUCUUACUGCCACACCCACCUGGAGCCUCAUCAGAGAGUCCCAGGCCUGAAGAGACAUCAGCUGGUCGACCCCAUGGACCGACUGGAAGACAGGAUUUGUAAGAAACACAGCCAGCUUCUGGAGCUCUUCUGCCAUACUGAACAGUUGUUUGUGUGUCAGUCCUGCAUAGUGAUGGACCACAAGUUCCAUCCUGUUGUACCUAUAAGGGAGGAAUACGAGGAGAAGAUGAAACUUCUGUGGAAGAUACAUUUUGAAGUUGAGCAGAUGAUCCAAGGCAGAGAACAACAGAUUCACGAGAUCCAUUCUGGAAUAUAUGUAACAGAGAACCAAGCCGAAAGCCUCAUUGUGGAGCUGGUGGAGGAAAUAACUUUACUGACCAGUGAAUGCUCAGAGAUGAUGCAGGUCUCACAGACUGAAGACCCCCUCCACUUCCUCCAGGCCUUCAGAAUCCCGGAGAAUCUGCUACACUUCAGGGACUGGACGACAGUGGAGGUCUGUCCUCAGCCAGACGUACGGACGGUGAGCAGAGCCCAGGUUCAGCUGGAGGAGAUGCUGAACGUGAGGACGGAGAACCCACGAGACCUGAAAGCAGCCCUAGACAAGUAUGCCCGUGAACUCACACUGGACCCAAACACAACCCACAGAGACCUCACUCUGUCUGAUGGCAACAGAAAGGUGAUGUGGACAGGAAAAUAUCCUGAUCACCCAGAGAGAUUUGACACCUGGCCCCAGGUGUUGGGUAGAGAGGGUCUGACUGGCCGCUGUUACUGGGAGGUAGAGUGGGAAGGACGGGUUGUUAUAGGAGUGACAUACAGAGGAAUCACAAGGAGAGGAAUGGUAGAUGGCACCCGGCUUGGAGCGAACAACAAGUCCUGGAGUCUUUAUUGUUCUGAUGGUCGUUACCUUGCCUGGUACAACGGUACAGAGACAGCCCUCCCUCUCCGCCCCGCUGGCUCCACCAGAGUAGGAGUGUAUCUGGACCGGCCUGCUGGCUCUCUGUCCUUCUACAGAGUGUCCCCAGGUGGAGGAGGGUCCUCAGACACACUGACACACCUCCACACCUUCUGCUCCUCCUUCACCCAGGAGGACCUCCUCCCUGGCUUUCAUUUGAAGCCUGAUUCCCUAGUGUCUCUGUGUCGGUUGUAGCAACAUACAUGAACACACAAACAUACACACACACACACCGAGGUAGUCUGACGCCACAACCUCAGGGCACCGGCGGCACGGAGUGUGGAGGUCUGUCCGGCCAGCGGCGUUCCUAAUACCAGCGUCUGAGUGAGGGUGGAGAUUCCCGGACACCUUUAGUAUAUUGCGACGGUGUGUGGGGCAUUUCACACACACGUCCCUUAUAAUACCAUUCAUGCAUAACGACGGUACUAAAAUAAAAAAUAUUAUGAAAUUAAAACAAUACCACAUAUUUAUCUGUAUACAUUUAGCUUCCUCUACAGUUAAAGAUAUAUAUUGAUAAAGGGUUAUCAUUUUAUUCAUUCAUUCAUUCUGUAGUAUGUCUGUAUCAAAAGCUUAUGAUUAUUUCUGUACAAACUCAAUCUCUGUCACUAUAUAUGGAACUGAUCUGUAUGAUUUCCUGGUCCUUAACUGGAAACAAACAGGGUCACAGGACAGAAUAGAUGGUGUACUAUAUGUGUUCAGGCCUUCACUCUUCAACCUAACAUGUACAUAAGAUGUGAAUCUUCUCAUCGACAGGACAAUAUUCCUUUUUGUUGUUUUCAUCCAAAAUUUAAUUGACUGUAAUGGAGUUUGAUUACUAGAUGGGUGUGGGUCUCAUUUCUUCAUACAUUUUUAUUAAUUAAUUCAACCUCAAUAAACAAAUGUAACUACAAAACGGUGAAAGCGGUUCUACUGAUGUCCCUGUAUUUUGUCAUUCUUUGCGCAUCCACACACUUAUGUUCCCUACUCCCUACAUUGUCCCCUACUCCCUAAAGUGUUCCCUACUCCCUA